AUGAACGCACUGCGGACGCCGCUGUGCCGCGCACUCGCGGGGCGCGCCGUGGCGCCUCGCGCGGCGAUUCCUGCCACACGACUCUACUCUACAGAGGCCACACAAAGCACUGCGGGUGCGCCGCUGCAAAACGCACGCGGCUCGCUCCAAGAAUCCGUCGAAGACGUGAAUAAGGCGCUGCGCCUCUUGCAUACGCAGCCGAACCACUAUGUCGUGGCAUCGAUCACGGGCCGCACGCUUGUCUUGAGCGAGUCGGACCUCGUGACGCUGCCGCGCCUCCGCGGCGUCCAGGUCGGCGACGUGCUCGAGCUCGACCGCGUCCACGAAGUCGGCAGCCGCAACUACACGCUGCGUGCGCAGGACCCGGCGCUCGGCCGCCGCAAGGCACAGGGCGGUCGCAACCCGCUUGUCCUGCUGCAGCAGCGCGAUGCGGAGGACGCCGUCGAGCCGCUCGCCGUGCGCGUCGCUACCAAGUCGACCGACAUCGCCCAAAACGCCCCGGAAUCCUUCCUGCCGUGGUCCAAGUCGUGGGCCGCGCAGCUUGUUCCGGCCGGCCUCGCACACGUCGGUGCGUCGCUGUCGCAGGACGUCGUUAGCGUGCGCUGCGUCGUCGUCGAGCAUACCAAGGGGCCGAUGGAACGCAUUGAAAAGUUUAAGCGCCGCAAAGGCUACGACAAGGUGAUCACCCACAAGCAGCCCUAUACCCGUCUCCGUGUCGACGCCAUUACUCUCGGUACUGCGCAGUAA